CGCAAUUAUCCGGUUGGGGCAACCAAUUAUCCAACUCGGACAACCAAUUAUCCGCUUCAGGCAACCAAUUAUCCGGUUGGGGUAACCAAUUAUCCGACUCAGCCAAUCAAUUAUCCGAUCUCAUUCUGGCAACCUGUACACUGCGCAAAUGAAACUCUCACCGUGCGUCGCUGGUUAGUUGUUUAGUGCUUUGGGUCACAGUCAAAACUCUCUCUGGUGCAGAUUGAUAGCAUCGUGGGAAACGCUAUGACAAUUAAGCUACUACACUUGUGAAUGUGAGGAUCCAGCUGCAGUGCGCCGCACUAAACAGCUCUACUGUCUUUCUUUUCGCAUCAGUCUCAUUGACUUGAGAGAAAAGACCACUGCACCACUGACACUCUCAGCUUCGCGCCCUCAUCCAAUUCUGAGCGAAACAAAUUCACAAUCGCCUAGCAAUCGACCUGGAGAAUUUAGAGCUACUUAGACUGUAGACGUAACAUGUACUUUAGCAACGUGUGUUUGACUAGCGUGGUUGUUAAUUCUGCUGAGUUCUACAGUACAUAUUCUCUCUAAUCUUGCUCGCAUGUGCAGCUUUAGCGGUAAGUACAUGUUAGCUAGAAAGCGCAUUGAGGCCUAGAUAAAGCACCUGUUAAUUAAGUCCUUUAGUGCGUCAGGACGCAAAUCUAGCAGAAGUUGACAUCUUGCUGUGACAAGAGUCUGAAGCCUGGUUCACAGUACGACACUGGCACCACUGACCCUCGCUGCAACCACUCCAACUGCGCCCUUUCUGUGUGUGGUCAUCCGCGCUGGUAGGCAAUAGUUAAUUACCAGACAAUUACUGAUGGUUUUUCCUCCGUGACUAAUUAAUAGCAAAAACUAGAAUUACCCUGUUUACUGGUGCAGCAGUAACGGCGACAACAUCCGUCAGUUCGCGCUAUUAUUUCUCUAAACAGCUCUUCUAUAACUACACUGCUCAUAAUUAAAACCAUGAGUCGGAUAAUUGGUUGCCCCAAUCAGAUAAUUGAUUGGCUGAGUCGGAUAAAUGGUUGCCCCAACCGGAUAAUUGGUUGUCUGAAGCGGAUAAUUGGUUGACCCAACUGGAUAAUUGCACGGGAAAUACUGUAGUAGUUGGACAGUACAUAGUACCAUGCAUUGCAAAAUGUAUCAUAGAUAAAAGUUCAAAUAUAUGUGACAAACAAACAGACAGACAGACAGACAAACAGACAGACAGACAGACACAUAGACAAACAGACAGACAGACAGACAGACAGACAAACAGACAGACAAACAGACGCACACAUAGAUAAACAGACAGACAGAUAGACACAUAGACAAACAGACAGAACAGACACAUAAACAAACAGACAGACAGACAAACAGACAGACAAACAGACAGACACAUAGACAAACAGACAGACACAUAGACAGACAGACAGAACAGACACAUAGACAAACAGACAGACAGACAGAACAGACACAUAGACAAACAGACAAACAGACAAACAGACAGACAGACAGACAGUUUGUAUUGUUUUCUUUUAAGUGUUAGAAGUUUGUUUUUAAAAUGUAGUUCUAGUGAACUCUCGUAGUUGUAGAAAUUUACAUAGUUAUCUUGCUACCAUUGUAUUAUAAAUAUAUGUUUGAAAUAAAUUCUAUUUGACAGACAGACAGACAGCCAGACAGACAGUACUCCCACAGUAGCUCUCUGGUCUACCAGCAAGGCGAUUGUAUUGUCAUCAUUCCAUCUGAAGAGGGAAUCCACCAAGGGGACCCCUUGGGUCCAGCUCUGUUCUCAACCGGUAUACAUUCAGUUCUGUCAGAUUUAAAGGGUUCAUUUCCUACUGUCAGAGUUCUUGCCUACCUAGAUGACAUCUUUUUGGUGGGGGAGAAAGAUGAUGUUCUGUCGUCCCUGGAUUAUCUAAGACCAGCAUUCUCUAAUAUUGGUCUUCAAAUUUCUUCCAGCAAGUGUGAGAUCUAUUCCCCAUCUGGACCUCUGAUGUCAGGCAGAUCUGAUCUAGAUGCCAUACCUGUAGUUAGCGAUGGGACUAUAGUUCUUGGGGCUCCAAUAGGCAAGAGAGAGUAUGUGUCUGCAGCCUCUAGCCAAUAUGCUGAGAGUGGAAGGCUGUUGUGUGAGCAGUUGAUGAAGUUGGGAGAGGUACAGAGUGCAAUGCUUCUUUUACGAUUCUGCCAUGUUCCUCGCAUGAACCAUUUAGCACGUUUAGUUUGCCCUGACAGACUUCAGGCAGCUGCCGAGGUCCAUGAUAAGAUUUCUCGUGAGACCUUCACUCACGUAUUGGGAUAUAGUCACCUCACUGACUCUUCCUGGAUGCAAGCUACACUGCCGGUCAGGUUUGGUGGUUUCAGCAUGUCACCAUGCCUCAGCACUUCUCGAUUUGCUUUUCUUUCGUCCUGGGUUCACACUCUGGUUCAUCUGCCUAUUCGUUAUCCAGACCUCAAAUCCGCACUGGAUCUUCUAGUCAACUCAAAUGGUGUCGAGGAAUCGAUAGCAUUUUCGCUGAUGCAGGCUGGCAGUGAUGGGACAGAUAUUACUGAAAUGAUUCAAGUUCCAACUAAACUACAACAGAGGCUGACACGGCAACACGCUAAAGAAAAGACGUCAGCAAUGAUCGAGAAGGCCCCCUCCCAGCGAGAUGCUGCUAGGCUAAGAUCGAUUCAAGGCAAGGGCGCUGGAGCCUGGCUGAAUGCUAUGCCCACCUCAAAUAAGCUCGCACUAGUUUCCCGCGAUUUUCGUUUGGCGGCUUGCUUGAGAUUGGGGUUAGCCAUGCCCUUCGAUGGCUGUAUUCGUCAGUGUGACUGUGGUUCUUUUCUGGACAGUUGUGGAUACCAUCUCCUAACAUGUAAGUGGGGCGGUGGUCCAGUCUGGACCCAUGAGUGUAUUGCCAAUGUAUGGUCAGACUGUCUGCGCAGCUUACAAAUGCACCAUCACAGAGAGCCACGUCAUCGAUACAUUACAUCUGACAACCGCCCUGACAUAACAGUUUUCGAUGUUGGAUCAGGGUCCAACACAGAUUUAGACAUUUCGCUAGCACAUCCCUGGAGCAGUGAAGUAAUUUCAGCAUCAGCAUCUACGGAAGGUGCUGCAGCAUCCAGGAGAGAGCAGAAGAAAACGGAAAAAUAUAGCAGAGAACAACUUCUUGGUAAGGAAACAGUGACAGCAGUCCCACUAGUCUUGGAACAUUUUGGUCGAUGGGGACAACAAGCAGAAAUGUACCUACAGCAUUUGUCAAGUAGAUCAACGGAUGCCUAUGGAACAACAAAUGCCUCCUCAUUCAAGACACAUUGGAGGGAGCGCAUGUCCAUUCAGCUACAAAAAGCCAAUGCUCGAGUCAUCUACAGGAAAGUGGAGAGACUUUUAGAUGAUGCUAGUUAAUUUGUGUUUUUCCAAGGCCAUUUGGCCUUUACUUUUUUUUAGUAAAGGAGCAAGCACGUGUGUAGUUAAUUGGACUGAUGAGGACAUUGUGUUGUAGAGGAUUUAGCCUCCAUCUGUACGUACUUUGUUCUAUUGAAUAAAAUACCUUUGACAGACAGUCAGACACAGACACAGCCAGACACAGACAGACACAGACACAGACACAGACACAGACACACACUCUCUCUCUCUCUCUCUCUCUCUCACACACACACACACACACACACACACACACACACCUAUACAUGAAGACAUUGC